GCAGGUAGUAUCCUCAAAGAUCAACUGCUGAAGAACUAGAUUCUAUCACCUUGCCCGAUGGGGAUAUUUUCCCCUUUGCAAUGCUAACAAUGUGUGUCUCAACAGCUCCACUGCUGUAUUCCUGCUUAGUGGGUUUCCAAGCCUGGAUAGGGCACAUCACUGGAUCUCCAUCCCACUAUUAGUGGCCUACAUGGCCAUCCUGCUUGGCAAUGGCACUCUUCUGUUCCUCAUUAAGGAUGACCAUACCCUCCAUGAGCCCAUGUACUAUUUCUUAGCUAUGUUGGCAGCCACAGAUCUUGGUGUGACAUUGACCACCAUGCCCACAGUGCUUGGUGUUCUGUGGCUAAAUCACAGGGAGAUCGGCCAUGGGGCCUGCUUCUCUCAGGCCUACUUUAUCCACACUCUCUCUAUUGUGGAGUCAGGAGUUUUGCUCACCAUGGCCUAUGACCGCUUCAUUGCCAUUCGCAACCCACUAAGAUACACAACCAUCCUUACUGACAUCCGGGUAAGGAAGAUUGGAGUGGGGGUAUUGACAAGGGCUGGUCUGUCAAUCAUGUCAAUUAUCAUUCGCCUGCACUGGUUUCCCUAUUGUCGAUCCCAUGUUCUCUCCCAUGCAUUCUGUCUACACCAAGGUGUCAUCAAGCUAGCCUGUGCUGACAUCACCUUCAAUCGUCUCUAUCCAGUUGUGGUUGUGUUUGCAAUGGUCCUGUUAGAUUUCCUCAUCAUCUUUUUCUCCUACAUUUUGAUUCUGAAGACUGUGAUGGGCAUUGCUUCUACAGAUGAACGGGCCAAGGCCCUCAACACAUGCAUCUCCCAUAUCUGUUGUAUCCUGGUCUUCUAUGUCACUGUCAUUGGUCUGACAUUUAUUCACAGGUGUGGGAAGCAUGUUCCUCAUGUGGUCCACAUCACAAUGAGCUACAUCUACUUCCUUUUCCCCCCUUUUAUGAAUCCUGUCAUCUAUAGCAUUAAAACUAAACAGAUUCAGAGUGGUAUAAUUCAUUUAUUCUCCCUGCCUUGUUCUAAAACAUGAUUGA